GCGCCGCAACAAACAGAGCCAGCCGCGUCGUCCACCAGGCGAGGAUGAGCAUGGUCCUCCUGUGGGUUCGUCCCGCCGGAUGGAGUGUGCUGGACCGUCUCAACCGUCCAGCCAGCAAGACCAAGGCACCCAUGUCAUCACAUACAAAAGGAAGGCCCUGGCAACUCGUCCCUCUCCCAGUUGCCAGAAGGACAAAGGUGGUGCGUCCAAGAAGGCGGCGCUGCGGGAGAUAAGCGAAGGAUCGGACGAGGAAACGGAGGACGAUUCUAGAGUAUGUGUUGAUCGUCAUCCACAGGGUAAUCAUGCCGUCGACGAUGACGAAUGUGGUGUCGAAGAGGACGGCGUCGAAGAGGAGAACAGCGAGAGGGAGAGAGAGAGAGAGGAUCGUGAGGAAACUAUGUACGACUGCGAGGGUGGGGAGUCUCAACAAUACUAUGAGGAGGACGACGGGGGCGAUGGAGAAAACGAUCAUGCCUAUCCUAUAGGUGAUGACGAUGGACGGCAAGAGCGGUCGACUGAUGUUGGGGUCGACGACCCAACAGGAGAGCGGUCGGAGGCUAGUGUCCAGAAAAGGAAGCGACAAUCUUCAACAAGUCCAACGGCGGCGGCGGAUAAGCGCGCUGCGAAGAAACUCACUGCCGCUGCAUCUCGACAGGCGCUCAAAGCUUCUCAAGAGGCGGUCGCUGAAAGCAUGGUGGAUGAGGGUGACUGUGGAGAGGAUGCCGAAGGGGUUCCUCCAAGAGAUGUGUCGGAACAGACACAACCUUCCGCCGACACCCGUGAUGAAGCCAUCGACACAACAUGGUGCUUCUUCUUGGAGUUCGAUGAAGAUGGGUUUGCAAAGAAGAAAAGGGAACACAUUGAAGUGGAUGUCACGAAGGUCUUGCCAAUCCCUGAAGGUGACAUCCUCUUCAACCAUAGAACGUUGGACGAAACGUUGGUGCAGUCCAUAUAUGAUGCGAUCCAUCAUGCGGCCAAGGAAACCAACGAGAAGUGGGAUUUCAUGACUUUCAUCCUCACUCCCAUUGUGCCCAAUAGGGACGGGUCUCAAGGCAGACGGAUCACACCAGAGCAAUUCGACGUCGAACUGGCUCAUACAUACAACUGGUAUGUUGUCGCUGGCCAGCACACGGCUGAGGCAAUGAACAGACUCAUUAAAGAUAAGUCACCGGCCGAGAAAGUGUAUGGCUUGAGGUCAUACUCUCACGUACGUGUUGUCUACUUUGACGAUGACAGAAAGAGAGGAUAUCCCUACGUCUCGACGUUCGACAACACGAGGGAGGAGCGUUCGAUCCCGAGAUCGUUUUCGUCAUCUGUGCGCCAAAUCAAAACAUUUUGGGAUAAGAGGAAUGGUCGGAUCCGUCCGCCAGGGACCGUGUCCCCGAAUGACGUCGAGGGGAUGAAACGGAAAAAGAAAUGGGAAGAGUUCAUGAACGCCGCCUGCAAAAUGACACCUGAUUCCGAUCUCCUGAACUCAUCCCUGGAGAACGACUACUGCAAGGACUGGACGAACAAGAUGCGUGGAUACAUGAAUCUUGCCCAAUGCGGCGAAACUGUAUGGCCACUAGUACAGAAAUUCUUCGACAUGUACGAGAAGGGGCUAUUGCCGCGAGUCGACGGUGUGAGAUACAUCGACCUGCCGGGGAAAGUGGAAGGGACGCUGCCUGGGCAAUACUUCCUCAAGGACAACUCCGGCAAAAAAGUCUUGUUUCACUACAUCAACGCCAGGAAGGGGCCACCAGGCGCAACGGUGUCUAUACCUGACUUGACGCCGACAAUCUUCAAGUUGUUCGGUGAUAUGACAGCGACAGAGAAGCAAGUGGCGCUUCACCACAUGAUGCGUGGUGAUGUCAUCGUGACAUCACGUUCGGUACCUCGUGGUAGAUGCAACAUGGCGGACUUGGUUAAAUAUACUCGGCGUGAAAGAUAUAUGGUCUGUAUGUUCAACUACAUAUUGUUCAAGGCCGAGGGGAGCUCAAAAGAAGAGUGGAGCGCUGACUUUUUCAUCGGUUAUACGACCAUCUUGGAGAGGUACAACAAAAACGGUCUGACGGACGAGAAAUGGACGGAGGAACGCGACCGCAUCCCUGACGACAAGGCGAGGAAAGUGCCUAGGCGUUUGGGCGGUCCUGAUGAGAUUAAUGGUGAGAACGGUGCGGGACUGGAGGCAACCCAAGGCAUGUACAAGGAAACCCCGUUCCACCUCAAGUGUUUCAUCUACGAGGCAAUCGACUGCUUGGACGACCUGAGAGCGGAGGUUAAUCGGAUAUCCUCCUGUGCUUGUCACAUCUUUUGGGAAGUGGGGAAAAGGAUUACCACGAUCCUGCCAUUUGAAAUCGAACCGAAGGGAGUGCUCACGGACAAUGAGGAGGUUGUUGGUACAGCGAGGGGGAUGAAGAUACGGGCAACCAUUAUUGAUAUGUCAACAUCACCGAAAUGUGUUCCGUGGGAUGAUGACGCCUUUUCCAAACUGUACGCUUUCCUCAUGACAUGCUGUUCGAAAAGAACACUGUCAUGCAAGGACUAUGCGUACUUGGCACGUAAAGCGGGGAACUUCAACAACAUCGAUUGUGACGAAGACACGUCAAACUCCGACCUGGACGUUCCGUCGCGCGCGAUACGAUGUUCGGCGCAGGGAGCACGUGCCGAGGAGCCGCAAGGGAGCACCAACGCAGAUGCGAAAAAGGCGAGGUCGAGUUUGGGAGCGACACAUGCUAGUGAGGGAGACGUGGAACAUAGAAUGAAUGCAAGGGGAGAAAAGAAUGGUGUACCAAUGAACCCGGUGAGUGCGAGUGAGAGAAUUGUUAACUCACGGGGCAACACAGGGGGAGGAGAGAAUGGGUGUGAAAUGACCCCGCCGAUAGCUGGACCAUCAUCGACACAUGCACCGCAGGCCGAGCAGCGAACGCUCACGUCGAUGGACAUAGAUGAAGAUGAAGACAUGGAUAUGACAGUUGUCAUGCCGAAGCUCGUGCCAGGAAAACCGUUACCUCAAGGCUUUGCUCAAGACCCUUCAGUGCCAUACUUACCGCAAGACAAGCUCAAUGAGUCAUCGGAGGAGGAUUGUGGUCAUCAUAUUCUCUGGCAUGAGGGCGUGUUCGAACCGUGGGUGUUUGCAGGCAAGUGACAAAUAGCUGUGAAGACAAAAGACUGCGGGUGGGUCGCGAAGGAAAAAAAGGACGCUGCGAUAUGGCACAGCGUG